AGGGGUAAAGAGGGGAUAUGAAAUAGGGAUCUGGUGAGGGUGGAGGCGAGGGUUGGUUCAUUUGAUCUGCGAGUGGAGAAGAGAAUCGUGAUGGGAGGAGGACACGGUCACGGCACCACCUACAAAGGAGUUACCGUUCAUCACCCAAAGCGCUGGCACACUAUCACCGGCAAGGGUUUGUGCGCGGUCAUGUGGUUUUGGGUAUUCUACAGGGCAAAGCAAGACGGUCCUGUUGUAUUGGGCUGGAGGCAUCCUUGGGAGGGUCAUCACGAUGAUCAUGGCAAGGGCCAUUAAGCAUUCCUUAGGCAUGAGCUCCAAGAACAGGAAGAACAGAAUUUGAAGUGUCUGUUGCUGUGGGUGUGCUGUUAGUUGAAAUGUUUACUUUGAUCAAUUCAAUAAAUUUGGCUGUAAAAUAAGAGAUUUCUUUUUGCGUGGUUUCAUGAGCAUUAGAUAUGAUUGUGCAUGUUACCUGUUAACUGGGAUCAAAGUCAUGUCUAUGUUUGGUUGGAUUAUUAACCAUUUCGUCGCUUUUCUUAGAAAUUUAUGGGAGUUGACUCAAUGUGUGUGUCAACUAUGAUAGACGUGUGUCCGCCAGUUAACAAAAUGUUGUAGUGCUCUCCGUUUGUGCUAACCUAUGCUUAAUUGUUUUAAUGGGAGCAUAAUUUGUUCACCAAAUAAUAUGGAUUUUUAAAUGUA